GAUAACGUCGAAAGAGGAAAACUUUUGCUGCCACUCUCGCUGCUAUCAAUGCGGAAGAUAUGCAAGCUACAGCCCAUCGACGUUAUCUCAAAUGCAGUGGAAAUAACCAGAAGAGUUCUUCGCACGGCCCGUUUCAUUAUUUGCAGAAUUGGCGGCAGUUUGUAAUUUUGUUCAAAAACAAGGAGCAAUGUCACAAACACAAUCACCACCUCCUCCAGAACCGAAAUUUGUGCUUCGAGAUGGAAUGGGCCCAGUUUCCUGCAUUGCCUUUGGACUAGACGAGACUCUGUAUGCAGGGACUCAAGAUGGGUGGAUACAUGUUUGGGACCUGACAAUUAAUCGGAGAAAGAGUUCAUUUCAAGUAGGAAAAUCGGUCUGCCUAGCUAUAGGAGAUUUCUUCACCAAACUUGUUGUACAAGUUAAAGGAGAGGGUAUUAGUGUUUGGAAUUCUUCCCCAAAGUUUGCACUUGAGCAUAAAUUUGAUUAUCAAUAUAUGGGUUUCUGUAAAUUUGAGUGUGAUAAAACUUUAAACUAUGUAUUUGUCCCGGAUGAUGAUGGUGAAAUUAAAAUCAUUAACUUACGUAACUUUAAAUUAGAGAACAAAUUUAUUUGCCCAGCAGUGAAGCUUGGGGAAGUAAUGGUCAUGAAGUAUAGUCAUUAUUGCCAUCAGGAUGUAUUAUUAGUGGGCUAUGAAAGUGGAGAUAUUUAUGUUUGGAAUGUAACACAAUGUUCACAUGUAGGUCAUUUCAAAAUAGCUAAUGCACCCAUGGCCAUUGAUUUUGACCCAGACAGUGGAAAGGGUGUUUGUGGAACUGAGUCAGAGUCAGUUUUUCUUUUCAAAAUUGAUAAAAAUUUUGCCUUUACUGUGGAAAGUUCAAUAAUGCUUAAAAAUCCUGGAGUAAGUGCUGUUACAAUAAGACCAGACAGAAAAGUAGUUGUACUUGGCUGUUGGGAUGGCAACAUACGAAUCUAUUCGUGGAAAUCUUCUAAAAUAUUAGGUGUACUCACGGAACAUUUAGAAACAAUUAAUGCCCUAUGCUUUUCAUCCAAACCAAUAUCAAUGUGGAACUCAAUUAUUCUCGCAGCUGGGAGCAAGGAUAAAAGCAUAUCUCUGUGGACUUUCUAUUAAAAGUCGUUUUUGGACCAAAAAAUAAUUGUGUUGA